GUUGAACGAGAAGAAGCAAAAUUAGAAAAAGAAAAAAGGAAAGAAGAGAAACAGAGAAUUCGAACUUUAAAGUGUGAGGAGAAGCUGGAAAAACUCAAGGACCGACUGAUACAAUCUGAGGCCAUCGGUCAGCGUUCUGUAGGCGCUAGAGUCACAGUGGAAUUUAUUCUAAUACUUUUGUUAAAAGGAGGCUCUCACACACAUUCGAAACAAGAGGAAGCGUGGAACAGUAACAGAGCAAACAACAAUGCAGAUGAAACCCAAAAAGACACAGAGGCGCCAAAACGAAACUCUACAGAGGACACAACUCCUCUGGAUGAGACAAAUUCUGAAACAAGUGACGAAGAAGCAGAAGACGAGGCCACUGCUGCCCAGAAAUCCCUGACGAAGUCAAACAUUGCCACGCUGGAGAGAGCGAACACCCAGUUGCUGGAGAACCUACACAAGAAGGAGGUAGAGUACGCUGCCGUACAAGAAGAGGUGCGGAAAGUCAACGAAAAACUGGCUAAAGUGAGGGAGGAUCAUGACGCAGAAAUGGCUCGUUUUCACAGUGACCUUGCCAAAGGUAAGUUUGCUGGCCCAGUCAAGUUAGAAGUUGGGGAACUAGAGGCAACGGCUGACGAACUGGAGGAGAAGAUCAAAAUGAUGGAGAACUUCGGUGAAAAACUUGCCUCGUCUAUGGAGAGUGCUGCAAUUGGCAAGUGGCAGAGCAUAGAAGCCGAGGACACUGUCCAUAAACAGCUGCUGGAGUUAAUAGAAGAAAUGAGGAAUAUGCUGAUAGAAGCUUCACAAUCAAAGGAGUACAAUGAUAAGAUAAUGGCUCUGUCUAACUUUGAGACCCGUUAUGCCCAGGCAAUGAAGCUUCAAGUACAG